AAAGGCAGCGUCCAAAUACAAAGUACAACUAGUUCGUGCUGAAAAGAAACUAAUGGAUGAUUUAUUAAUGUGGAAGUGACUCGUAAGAGUUAGCAACGUGCUUCGUGUGAAAGUCGUGUUUUGUCUAAGAGGAAGUUCUUCUUUCAGCGCUGCAAAGCUAGCUUAUUUUUCCACAGAAGCAUGGCAGAGCCACAGAGGAAAGGAGAGAUGCUGCCUGAAGAUGUUGGCACAGAUGACUGCUUGACUUCGUAUACACAUAUCUAUAGUCCAGAUUUACUCAAAGAUCAAGUCGCUUUUAUCACAGGUGGUGGGUCUGGGAUUGGACUCAGGAUAGCUGAAAUCUUCAUGAGGCAUGGCUGUGACACAGUAAUUGCCAGCAGAAACUUGGACAAGCUCAAAGAGGCAGCUAAAAAACUGUCUACAGUGACAGGACGCCGCUGCCUCCCUUUGUGUAUAGAUGUGAGGCAGCCUGAGAGCAUCGCAGCUGCUGCGGAUGAGACGCUGAAAGAGUUGGGCCGCAUAGACAUCCUCAUUAACAAUGCUGCUGGAAACUUCCUCUGCCCGGCCUCAGCACUCUCCUUCAAUGCCUUCAAGACAGUAAUGGAGAUAGACACUAUGGGCACAUUCAACACCAGCAAGGUGGUUUAUGAGAAGUGGUUCCAGGAUCAUGGAGGCAACAUAGUCAACAUCUCUGCAACGCUUGGAUACAGGGGACAGGCCCUCCAGGUGCACGCUGGCUCUGCUAAGGCUGCAAAUGAUGCUAUGACCAAGCACCUGGCUGUGGAGUGGGGUCCCAGUGGGGUGAGAGUCAAUACUGUGGCUCCAGGUCCUGUCUCUGGCACAGAGGGCUACCGCAGACUGGGUGGUCCCAGAGGGGAGGCUGCUGGUGCUUUCCAGUCUAUUCCUUUGCAGCGAGCAAGCAACAAGACAGAGAUGGCCCACUGUGCUCUGUUCCUAGCCAGCCGGGCCUCCUCCUACGUAACUGGAGCCAUCCUGGUGGCAGACGGCGGGGCGUGGCUGACCUCCCCUAACGACAUCUCGAGGAUGUUGGGUAUAGCCUCCUCUAAAUCCGCUAAACUCUGAACAGGGGCUCUUCUGUCCUCCUCCUUACUCAGGUUAUUGGUCAUCUGAAAAGAAAAGAGACAAGUAAAUGCUGGAAACAAAGUAAUUUAGGAACCACUUGUAGCACUGAUAUGCUACAUGAACAAUAUUUGUAGUUUGUGCCUUAAGAGUGUAUUGCCAAGUGGUGGAGUUGAACACUAACACCCUAUACUUACUGUAUUAUAUUUGUUUACAAUAGUAAUGGAUCCAAUUAUAUAACAAUUUGGGGAUUUUUCAACCCAUCACAGUGCUGUGUAUUGUCAUCGUGCAUCUGUUGUAUAUUCACAUUCCAUUUAAUGUGAUUUUUCUGUACUUCUCAUUUAUUAA